AUGACUACUAUUGAAUUUAAACGUCUCAAGAUGUAUGUAGGUAAAGUUAUACUUAUGACGAAUUUUCUUAUGGGAAAUUUGGAUAAAAACAAAGCUAUUCAGUAUAUUAAUCGAUGUGAACCUUCUGAAAACGAAAUUCGAGUACUCUUCAAAAUAAAUAUUGAUACGCGCAUUACAAAAACACAACCAUAUGCAGAUAUUACACAUUUGAGUGAUUAUCAUAAUGAACAUGAAAUAUUAAUUAUGUUUGGAGCAAGUUUUCAUGUAAUGGACAUUAUCAUGAAUCCACACGACGCAUUACCUAUCUAUCUACUUGAACUUUGUGCAGAAAAAUUAGAACCAAUACCACUAAAUGAACGAGAACAAAGAUGGUAUUCAUAUAUUGAAAGUUUGAAUUAA